AUUUCCGUGGUAAAGUUUGAUUGACUCAGCUGGUUGCAUUCAAGCGGCUAACAAGUCAAGAACCAGUUUAUUUUAUGUCGCACUUUGCUGCGGCUCAUGUUGAUACUGCCGAGUGGAUUUUGUUACGCUUUUUAAAAUUCUCGGAAGUGCGCAUAAAUUUUGUUACUGUACCUGUGUAGUUAGUGUUUCUGCACACAAGCGGACACCGUAUAAGUGGAACAAGUUUUCCACUUUUACGGUACAAGCAUUUUUGCAGAAUCGUGUGUUCGGAAGCGUUGGUAGCCCAAACCGCCGCUAAACCCAACCAACAGCGGAAAAUGAAAUACUGUACGUACACUUCUCCGAUUCUCCAACAUUCGAAAACCGGAUAUUCGGUUGAAAAAUUGUAGCGCUGUCAUCUGGUGUGUGUUGGCCGCAUUUUUCCUCAGCAUUUUUUGGAAGUAUCCAAAAAGAUGAUCCAGAGAAAACUGAUAUCGGGCGGAUGUAAGAGUAUAUAUUUAGCAUUCGCCGGAGCGCCACGCUCUUUUUGGCCUAAUUGAUGAGCACAAAUGCCAAUGACUCAAAACUGCUACAGUGCGGAGAAAUUUCACGAACGUUCUCAUCUUCUCAUGCUCUCUUUCUAAUGCCGUCGACGGGCAUAUUAAUUGCCUUAUUGCCAAUCAUAUUUUGUGAUGAAUGCAUGACGCAUGUAAACUGUGGCGUGUCUCACACGCGUUGAAAAAUUGUGUUGCGUACUGACGACAGUUUCUGAUGUUCCAUCCUUAGAAGAAGUUAGCCGGAUAGGCUGUGCAGUCUGAUAAAACCAACGAUCUCAAAUUGAAGCUGUCGCAAAAGCGUCGGUUAUUGUGAAUCUGCAUUUCGGAAAGCUGGAGAUGUUUUGCGCAUAUCGCUUGUGAUUAUAAUACUGCUUUAUCGACGGUAACCGGCAUCGGAUAAUUUAUGGAUUUAAACUGUUUUAUGGACUUUCGCGUGUGAUAUUCGCAGUAGUUAGCGAUGCACAGCCCAGAUGUUGGUCAUAUCUCGAAUCGGUGGACUUUGAAACGCCUGCGUUUUUGAAAUAGCACUUACCUUUCUUUAAUUCUGUGCGCCAGCACAACAGUAGUCGGAUCGCGUCUCGGACGUCAAAGAGUGCUGUCGUUGCAAAACGCCAACGUGAUUGCGAAACGGGCGAGUUUGCGCUGCUUCUGCUUGUACUGAGUAUUGCAGUGCAGGCCGCGUUGGAUGCCGAUUAUCAUUGUAGUUUUAGAGUGUCUCGGUCGUGGGGUUUAUUUAUAUAUCCAAAUAAGUGAUCCAAGCGGUACACAGUUUUUAUUCUGCCUUAAUGGCGCGGGUUUUUAUGGGCGCUGCGCUUAAGUUGCAUGAAAAAUUUUCGCGUUGACCGGCACUCGGCUCAGCAUAUUUCCUGCUGUGGUUGUACAAAAGCGGAGCAGCUUAAGGCUCGAUUAAGUCCUUCCCAUCUUCCCUGAUCAAACGCAAUGCUGCGAUCACUGAAAAACGCGAUGGACCGGAGCAGCCAUAAAAAGAAAUCAGACUCCAGUACGACAUCCUUUGACUCGAGUACAUCGCGUUCGUCACAUGGCGAUAUCAAUAUACCGCCGAACGCAUUCCAAGCCGUAAAAACCUUCGAACGGCGCGUCUCAGCCGACGCGGCCGCUGUGAACAGUACUAACAAUUUACACACUCACAACAUAAUCUCCUCGGGAUUGCCUCCCAAAAUGAGUCUCCCACACGCUAAAAGCCCCGAACCCAUUAUCUCCGAGCCGGGCAGUCCGAUUGUACCGCUGACGAAGGCCCGCUUCGGCAGCACGGAUCUACUGAGCAGUCAUGCUAACGGCCGCUCAUCCAGUCCGCAUGUGGAGCGCAAACACCACCAGUCCUCAUCGCAGUCCGUCACUGUCCACCAGAGUCGGCAGUACCAGGAGAUUGUCGAUGGGAAACAAGUGGUGAACUAUUCAGCCUCCCGGCAGAAUAGCCAUCAGAAGGAAUCCAAGAUAAACUCCACGGAGAUCAACGGGGAAGUGAAGGUGGAUGCUGACCACAAAGUGUCGUCCAGUUCGGCCGCUAAGGCCUCCAUCGAAGCCCUGGACAGCAUGGGACAGAGCCUGCGGGCAGCGUGUGCGGCGCUCAGUCAUUCCUCCAACGCAACCAACAGUAGCUAUGCCGGAUCGCAUUCGGGAAUCGGUGAACUGACCCAGACGAGCAAAAGCGAAACCAUUGGAGCCAGAGCGAUUCAGAAUCCAGAUGGCACAGUACAGAGCAUCACGUACAGCAAUGCCGGUGGAGGAAAUCCUCUUCCCAGUCAGAAGCGUUCCAUUAGCGGUCUGAUGGAGGAAUUACGCGGCACACCCAGUGCUCUGGAGAAUCAGGUGCGCAGCACACUGAAGCAGAUGGUAGAAAUGAUGGAGGAGCAGACCACAAUCACUCCGAUGCUAAAGAAUAAACUGGAGAACGACGGCGUCGUUGACCUUCUCAUUGAGAACGUCGAUUCCCAAGACCAGGAAGUCAGCAUGCUGUCUGCCAAAAUGUUGGACAAAUGCAUGAAUACCGAUGCCAGAGAAAGAUUGUUGAAACGGGGGAUCGACGGCAUUGUCAGAGUUGCUACGAUCAAAGGAAAUCCCGAAUCGCGGCGAGCCGGUGCUGGAUUGCUUGAAAAGAUUUUGAACAAUUCAGAAGCAGCAUGCACGGAAGUGGUCAAUCACGGGGGUCUGGACGCCGUAUUGGAGGCGUGCAAGAGUACCGAUGUGGAAACACAGCGUUCUUCCGCGUUGGCACUGCUAAACCUCUCUCUGUACGGUGGUCAAUUCAAUCAGCACCGGAUGAUCAAGCAACGCGCUCAAGAUUGGCUGUUCCCACUGGCAUUUGGCCAGCAAGAUCAGACAACAAAAUAUUUCGCCUGCUUAUGCGUGGGAUCAUUAAUCGCCAAUAAAGAACUGGAAGCCGCCGUAAUUAAAUCUGGCACACUGGACCUGGUGAAUGACUUUGUGACGGAGAAUAGUCCCGAGGAAUUCGCCAGUAAGUAUGCCGAGCAGCUAGAUGCUAAACAGUCGCGGGAUAUCAUCAUCCGUUUGAUGCCGAUUUUGGAAAGCCGCAUCGCCGAAGCCCAGCAGCUGGCGGCGUUUCAUUUCGCUACGGAGGCCUACGCGCGCAAGAAGAGAAAUGAGCUUAAGAUCUUCCGUGAAGUGGGAGCCGUAGAACAUUUGAAAAAUUGCGCCAGUUCGCCAAAUGACGUUGCCAGUAGAUUAGCCGGCGAAGCAUUGGCUGUGCUGGGCGAAAUGAUACCUCAUCGGCUAUCGCAACAAGUUCCUCUUUGGACAGUGCCGGACGUGAAACAAUGGUUGCAGCAGGUUGGUUAUUCGUCCGUCGCGAAGACCUUUGUUGAGAAAGAAGUGGACGGUGACCUUCUUCUGCAACUGACCGAACAGACCUUACGGGAUGAUCUUAAUAUGCACAGCCGAAUAUUGCGUCAGCGAUUUUUGCGUGACCUGUUACAACUGAAACGCAUAUCGGAUUACACAAGUUGUGAUCCGUUUAAUAUUCACUCGCUGCUCCUGCAAAUCGGACCUGAGUAUGCACAGUAUACUUACAAUCUGUUGAAAGCCGGUGUUGAUCCCUCUGUGUUUCCCUUUGUCAAUGAUGAUCAUCUGAAAAAUGACGCCUGGAUCGAAAAUGGCGUACACCGUGCCAAAAUUCUGGAUGCCAUUGGCAAGCGACGUAGUUUAGAAAAAGGGGCGGUGAUGGAAGUCAGAUCGGAGAAUGAUGUGUUCAUAAGCUAUCGACGCGCAACUGGAUCUCAGCUAGCGAGCCUUCUAAAAGUGCAUCUGCAGCUGCGUGGUUUCUCCGUUUUUAUCGAUAUUGACAAGCUGGAUGCCGGCGCGUUCGACCAAAAAUUAAUUGACAGUGUGCGUUUGGCAAAACAUUUCGUUCUCAUUCUCUCACCAAAUGCUUUGGACCGAUGUAUCAAUGACGCAGAACGAAAAGAUUGGAUACAUCGAGAAAUUUCAGCUGCAUUGUCGUAUAAAUGCAAUAUCGUCCCGAUAACUGACCCCUCAUUCAUCUGGCCCAAUCCGGAUGCUCUCCCGGAAGACAUGCGGUCUGUAUGCAAAUUCAACGGUAUUCGUUGGAUACACGAUUAUCAGGAUGCUUGUGUCGAUAAGCUGGAGCGCUUCCUCCGCGGUGACCUUAACCUGAAAGCGGGUCACUCGCCAGUGGCCACCAGUCAAACGGGUGCGGGAACUGCCGGCCAGAUCUCCUCUUCCUCCGCUCAAUCCCCGCUGCCCUCCUCUGGCACCCCGGCGCUUUCCUACCAUGGCUCUGCAUUCUGAGCAUGCUAUAUAAGUGCCCUAGUUUGCUAUUUCGACUGCUGCACGGUCCGAUCCUGUUUGUCUUUUUGCUCGAUACAAACAUUCACACUUGUCGACGUCAUUGUUGAACGUAUUUCUGGUAUAAUCAAUGUAGUUGAUCAUGAGCUAUUAGCAGAAAACGUUAACGCUACUGCAGAGCACGGUAAAAAAUUAAAUAUUAA